AUGGAUUACACUAGUCCAAUAAAAUGUAGGAAAGUGCUAUCUAUACAGUCACAUGUGAUUCAUGGAUAUGUGGGAAAUAAAGCUGCCACGUUCCCAUUACAAUAUAGAGGAUGGGAUGUGGAUGUCUUGAAUACCGUUCAAUUCUCUAAUCACCCAGGGUAUGAGACAUUUACUGGUUAUAAAUACGACCCUAAGACCUUACAGGAUAUUGUAGAAAAUGGGCUAGUGGAUUCGUUACAUAUUGACUAUGAUGCUGUUCUUACUGGUUAUCUGCCAAGCGUAGAGAACUUACAAAAUUUAGCCCACAUUAUAAAUAAGAUGAAAGAAACCAAUAAGCAUCUAAAAUGGAUACUUGAUCCAGUACUAGGUGAUAAUGGUAGAUUGUACGUAUCAGGAGAUAAUGUACCAGCCUACAAGACUUUAUUGAGAGAGAACACCAUCUACCUUGUUACCCCAAAUCAAUUUGAAAUGGAAACAUUGACUGAGAUAACUAUAAGUAGUCUCGAAACAUUGAGAAGAAGCUUCCAAGAAUACCACAGACUCUACCCCAAGACAGAGAGAAUUGUAGUGACCAGCCUUGAAUUGAAUUCGGAUGAUAGUACUUACAUAGUAGCGUGUUGUGAUACGACAAAUAAAGAUGAUGACAUCUGGUUCUUUGAAGUUCCAAAAAUAAAAGCACAUUUUAAUGGAAGUGGUGACCUAUUUGCUGCUCUAUUAUUAGAUAUUCUGGUACCGAGCAGAAGUCUUGAGGUUAACUACCCAUCAAAUCAUAUUCCACUGCAUGAAGCACUUGGACAAACUUUAUGGCUAGUUAAUGAAGUUCUUGAACGAACUUUUGAGUUGGCUAGACCUUUAUUAGUCAAUGGGGAGAAUGUUGAUCAGGAAAUCCCAAAAAUCAAAGAUUUACGUUUAAUACAGUGCCGGGCAUUAUUUGCACUUGAUUGCAUACCGUCGUUGACACCUACUCGAGUACCUUCUACCGUUGUAUAA